AUCAGGGACACAUCUACUUCAAGAGCAAUUUACCCAUCAUCGAAGCAGAGUUGGUAUAUUACUCUUAUUAUCAGCUGUAAAGCAUUGCUUUGUGUGGGAAUUUUCCUGGCAUAUGAUCUGCUGAAAGUUGCCAAUGUUGUUCUGCUUGUUUGCCUUCUCAAAUUGGUUAUGUACAAAUCAGGAUAAAGGAGCUUGUGAAAGGGAGUUGAUUCAAUUUUAUUUGAAGCUGUGUUGAAAAGGUCUCAGUGCAUUUAAAGAAUGGAAUGACGAUUCAUGCUAAUUGAGUUUAAAAUGAUGAGUGCCUGUUUUAGUAUCUUUGAUCCAGUUGAAGGUAUCACUUUAUCUAACAAGACAAGGUUGUGAAGGGAGCUAAGGAUCAGGCAGGUUUACUGUACCAUGAGUUCCAGACAGAAACGAUCUAAUGGUGGUUAUGGUCUUCGCAGAAAAGUAGCAAAAAAAAGGUUGGAUGAAGAUUUUGAGUACUACUUUUCUAAAAUUGGUUCACAUUUGGAUGCACCUACUACAAAACCAAUAAAGGAACAGAGAGAAAACAAGGUUCAUACACAUUUAGUUACAGUGACUGAAUUGGUAGACCCAAGUGAGGGGUCAGAUAUGAAGAUUAAUGGGUCUCCAGAGAAAAGAACUCGUGGCAGACCCAGAAAAAUCCACCCAAACCAAAGUCAAGAGCAUUAUUUUACAGAUUCUGCUCUCAGACUUGUGGAUUUAAAAGAGAAAGGAGCCAAAAAGCUCAGAGCUGAAUAUUUGAAUGAAACAGAAACAUCAAAAGCUGUUGGUGAGAUUUACUCAAAAAGUGAGCCUCUUAUGACAGUGGCCUGUGAAGAGGAAGUUGGGAAUGUUGACUGUAUAGUUAAGCGAAUUAAAUUGGAGACAGUGCUGGCAGGGGACGAUAUGACAGGUCUGCAGGAAGAAGAAGUGGGUUCUCUUCCCGAAGGAGAGAAGGAGAACUUGCCUGAGGAUGGGGUUCAUCUUGAUCCAGAGUCUGAUGCCGAGGAAGGGCUGGGCUUGCGAAUAGCUGUAAAUGUGCAUGCCGACAUUGACGACGAAGCCAUGUUUGAGGAAGAACAUGAUGGGUUGGUGAAAGAUACAGCUAUGCUGAAAAUGAAACGUAAAUAUAAGAAAGGUUGUCUUAGUCAAGAUGCAAUUCAGAAACUGAGUCAGUUAAGUCCUGAUGAUAAGAUUGAGUGUAAUGAGUGCCACAAACUUUUAAAGCCAUCUUCAUUCCGGCAGCACCUGCGAACUCACACUGGAGAGAAGCCUUUUGGUUGUGAAGUUUGUGAGGCGAGAUUCACACGCAAGGGUGAUGUGGAACGCCAUGUACGCAUUGUGCACAAUAAGCAGAAACCAUUUAAGUGUUGUCGUUGCCAGCGAGCUUUUGGGGAUAAGAAGAAUCUCCGGUGGCAUCUUAUGAAUCAUGAUAAGAAGCUGUUUUAUGUGUGUGAGGUGUGUGGUUUCAAAUUUGGGAAGCGUGAAUACUGGGAAAAUCAUGUAAGGUUUAUCCAUCCAAUCCCAGGUGGUCUGGAACUUGAUGAAAAUAAUAUCGAAAGAAUAGAUGACGAAGAGGAGACUGAAGAUCGUUUGAGAACCUUGACCAAAACUUUACUUGGUGAAGACGAAUUAGCAGUGGAUGAUCCGGGCGAGGAGUGUGCUGUGGCAGCAGCUGCCAUAAAUUCAAUCCAGUCAAAGGAACACGCAACAGAUGAUGCAGUCAGUCCAGAGGUUACAUUGCCAUAUGUCAAUCAUGUAUCAAGACAGGAAGGAAUAAAAUUCAUCAAUGUUAAAAACUUAAAUUUAUCUAGUUUGGUAAAAAUGGGGCAACCAAAAACAAACAGAAACCUUGAGCAAUACACUCAAGUGGUUAAUCAAAAUCAGGGAAGGGGAAUUGAAGCAGUAGUGAUUCAGUUUGAUGGGUCUGAUUCAGAAUGCAGUGCUUUACAGUCUAUUCAGCAUACACAGCCAAGUUUUCAGCAACAGUUGGCCCCCAAUCUAAUUCACGUUGUAAAUUCUCAAGAUAUGUUGGAAAUUGUAGAAGCAGAGGAGUCGCAGGAUCAGGAGUCAAUUGUUAUUGAGACACAGGACUUUGCCGAGGCCACUCUGAACAAGCCAGGGACUACAGAAGUGAUGGAAGAACAAGUAGUAGAGGUGUCUGGAGGAGGGCCAAGUACCAUAGAAGUGGACAGUAGCCCUGUUCAUUAUGUUAAUGAAGCAGAUAUCGAGCCUUCCAAAGUGAUUAGCAUAAUGCUAACUGAGAAUGGAGAUGCUGGUGGUGAUAACAGUUCUGUGCAGACGCUGAUAGAAGCAUUGCUUGUUGCAGCAAAAGAUGGUCAAAGUAAUGGCACUCAGUCUACAUGAACCUCAGUUGAUGUAUCGAUGAUUUAAGCAAUGAUAAAUAAGCAGUUAUUUCUGUGUAUAUAAUUAUAAAUUUUAUCAAAAAUAUCCAUCUACCAUUGAAAAUAGUGUCAUAAGUAUAUUAAGAUGCUAGUAUAUGCUGUAAGUGUAACUUAACAGUUGACCUCUUGCAUAUACAGUGUGAAUUUAUUACAUGAUAAGUUGUCUUUCAGGUUACAUCAUUUUUGUGUGUGAAAUUCGUUUUUUCUUUGUUGAUAGACAAAUAUGUGAAACAAGUUAUGAUGUG